CGCAGCAGUGCCUGAAGCUAACGCUAGCUUUUCCCUCAGUGCUAUGAGUUAAGCAAGACUGAAGUGCUGGGAAUGCAGCCACCGCUGCCACCUGAAGCAGUCAGAGAGCUGGUGUGCUCCUGCCUGCAAAGAGACCCUGUAGCAGCAGACCUACGCUGCAGCCUCUUUGUUGCUGCUGCUCAGAGCUACAAGAGGGACUCUUUGCUCAGACCAUUCCCUCCUCGAUACUUAAAUGGUGACAAUAAGGACUUUGAGGAGUUGCUGGCAGAUGUGAACUCGUUGCCUGGUGUGAGAGAACUGGUGAGACUACGAUCGGGAGAAGGAGAUCAUCAUCUGGCUCUCGCGCACUGGAUUCUGUCUUCAAAGAGCUUUGCUGUAAAGACACUACAGAAAGAAGAGUAUGCCAAACUCUGCAGUCUGACGGAAAACGAAGGGAUGUCUGCGCCUGUGCCAGACUUCCUGUUUGAGCUGGAGUACUCUGAUCAGAUGAACGCUAGGUUUGAGAGGACGAGGGAAGGACGAGAUGUUUUCUAUGCUUUCCAUGGGAGCCGUUUGGAGAACUUUCAUUCGAUCAUUCACAACGGGCUGCACUGUCACCUCAACAAGAACUCUGUGUUUGGAGAGGGGACCUACCUCACUAGUGACCUCAGUAUGGCUGUCCUCUACAGUCCCCACAGCAGCAGCUGGCGAGAAAGCAUCCUAGGUCCACUACUGAGCUGUGUCGCCUUGUGUGAAAUCAUUGAUCAUCCAGAUGUUAAGUGCCAGGUGAAGAAAAAAGAUUCUGAAGUCAUAGACCGCCAGCGCUCGAGGGCAAAGAACAGUGAAGGAGGGGAUGUACCACAGAAAUACUUUGUAGUCACCAACAAUCAACUUUUACGAGUCAAGUACCUGCUUGUUUACUCUCAGCAAAGGCACCUGGCCAGGCAUUCCCGCAGCCGCUCAUGGCUCCUCAGACACCAUUUUGCCAUCAUGAUGAGUCUCUACCUUCUUCUGCUCAUAUUCAUCGGUGCCUUGAACUCCAACACCUUUGUGUCCUUUUGGAACAGACUAUUCAGGUGACACGACAACAGGACAGAUGGCCCGGAUGUUUCUGAUCUGCAGUGCCGUCCUGGAGGCCUGAGGGGGAAAAGACAGUUUUAUGCACCUUUCUUCUGUUUUCUCUCUCCUAUAGUUCUUUUCUUUAUUUACAAUGUAUAAUAGAGUAUAGUUAUCAUUACUGUUAAUUCAAGAUAGCAUAUCUUUUCAGAUAGCAGCUAUGAGAAUCGUGUGUAUUCAUUUUAAUUAAAUCUGUAAGCAGGUCUCUGUUCAUUUUCAGACUGUUGCUGUGUUUCUGCUGGAGUUUGUAUGAUUUAGUAAACAAUCGGUUUUGUAGCUAAGCUCUGUUGCCGCGUUGUUUUAGUCCUCUGAGGACACAAUUUCAGCAACCACAGGGAAACAAAGAAAAUCAACUUGUUUAAAUCACAGUAAUCUUUGUUUAAAUAAUCAGUGUCUAUUUUGUUUUCUGUUUCUGGUUUGAAGUGCACUGAAUUUCUAGUUAACUGAGCUUUUAUUAUCACUAAUCAGUUUUUCAGGCAUUAAUAAUGAACUGAAAUUCCACUUUAAGUUCUUAAUAUUUAAAGGCCUGGCUUUGAAUCUCUGUGCU